AUGGGACGCAAGAAAUUAUCUCGCGCUCGCGAAUCCAUCAUCAACUCCCUCUCCCUUGUCACAAAGUCCGGCAAGUACUCCCUCGGUAUUUCCCAGACACUCAAGUCCCUCCGCAAUGGUGAGGCCAAGCUCGUCAUCUUCGCUUCUAAUGUUGCCCCAGCUCACCGUUCCCUCAUCGAAUACUACGCUAUGCUCUCCGGCUGCGAUAUCCUCCCAUUCGAUGGCGAUAACGUAGAUCUUGGCACAGCCUGCGGUAAGUACUUCCGCUCCUCUGUCAUUUCCAUCAUCGAUGCUGGUGAGUCCGAAAUCCUCAAGAUGAUCAAGCAAAAGGAUGAGUAA